AUGAAGUAUGUACCACCUCAUAUGAGGGCCCAAGUAGAGGCCAAAGAAAAAAAAGAAGCAGAACAGGAAAAAUUGGAACAGCUGAAGGAGAAAAUCGAAAAUGCAAAAGAAGAAAAAGACAUAGAUAGUGAUAGUUCAACUGAGGGAGACGAUUUUGAAAUUGUACUAAACAGUGUUGUUAUUAGUCAGAUUGCGAAGAAUAAAGAUUUGAGAGGAGAAUUGUUAGGUUAUUAUAUUAAAAAUAAUGAAGAAAGUAAAAAAAAAAAAAAAAAAAAAAAAAAGGGAAAAGGAAAUAACAACCAAGAUGAUGAAGAUAAUGGAAUAAAUAAUAAAAAUAAAAAUGAAGCAGAUUAUGAUGCAGAAGAUGAAGAAGAUGAUGAUGAAGACGACGAUGAAGAUUACGAUGACGAUGAAGAUGAUGAUGAUGAUGGCGAUAAUGAUGAUAAAAAAAUGAAAAAAAAAAGAAAAGAUGACAAAAACAGUGGAAAAGAUAAAAAGAAGAACAAAAAAAAUGAUUCUAAAAAAUUAAACAUUGUUGAAAUUAACCAAUCAUUUUGUGUAUGUAAUAUUGAAGAUAUAUGUAUUGAUAAAAUAUCGAAGAUAUCGGACAAGUAUCAAAUACCAAAGCAAAGAUAUAACGAAUUGUUAAAUAAUUUAGUUUUAUAUUUUAAUAAAAAUAAGUAUGAAGAAGAAGGAGAAAAAUAUAUAAGUGAAGUUAACAGUUACUAUGAUGAUUACGUAAACAUUAUGGCAGAAUUGAAUUUCGAAACGACUUCCUUUGGAUUUUACAUCAACCUUUGUGAUAUAAAGAAGAAAGAAGUUCUUGCCACUCUCUUGCUAUGCUCCUUAAUUAACAAAAAUUCUUUCGUUUUAUGUUUUGGUGAAAAGUAUGGAAAACUAAUUUUCUCAGCAUAUAAAAUAGAUGUAGAUGUAGUAUUUGAAAUUAAGAACCAAAUUAAAAAUGCAACGUUUAACCAAUUUAAUGAUAUCCUAAAUGUGGAAUUGAAAAAGAAAGGAUUGAACAGUAAAUCAAUUUUACAAAGAAUUCCCAUUCGUAUUAAAAAUUCCAUAAUAAACUCAUUAUUUUUAAAAGUACUUAAGAACAAAAAUAAAAAUUUUACCUCCAGCACGGAUUAUUUAAAUGCACUGGAAGUAGACACAUUGGAAAAUUAUAUUCACGACACGUGCAAAUCUUUAGAAUUGUUGAAAACAGAACAAGAUAAAAUGAUUAAAUACAAGAAGGAUGUAUUUAAACAAUUGCAAACGCAGAAAAUUUACCAAGAAAAGAAAAAGUUGGAAAAGGAAAAAAAUAAAAUUGAACAUGAUAAUCAAGAAACAAACGAAGAAGAUGUCAAUAUGCAAAACAUAUUUAAAAGCAUCCCCCAACCGUCUUUAUUAUUUCCUUAUGUGCUAACCAUGAGCAAUAACUUACUCAACGAUAAUAUUAACAAUUUGUGUAGUCACGCCAUUGCAAAAUCGUACUUGUACUACAAAAAUGCAAAACCAUGA